GCGGGUCGCACGAAAACAUUGUGGGGAGCAGGAGGUGUUUGGGAGCUCGGAGGAAAGACGACCGAAUUUGAGACAACCAGCGCGGGGUGAAAAUGACAGUGUGCAACUUCUUUCUUCAGGGCCGUUGUCGUUACGGCGAAAAAUGUUGGAAUGAGCACCCGAGGGGGGGAAACAGAGGAGGAGGAGGAGGUGGACGAGGAGGAGGUUACAGCAACAACAACAGCUACGGCGGCUCCUCCGGUCAGCAGCAGUCCAGAGGAGGUGGAGGUUCAGGGUUCGGGAACAGAGUUUGGGUGAAUCCUAACCAGCAAAAAGGAGGCUAUAUCCAGCCUUCAUCCUUCUCCUCUCAUGGAGGUGAUGACUGGGGCCGAGGAGGAGGUGGAGGUGGAGGGAGAAGAGAUAACGUGAGGAGCUCUGAUUUCAGCUUCUCUGGUCAGAACAGAUUUUCCACACUUAGUACUCCUAGUUCCUUUGACAGAGGAGGAAGAGGAGGAGGACAAGGUGGAACAACUGGUGAUGAUGAAGAUGACAAAAAACUGGAGUGCAUUCAGAUGGACAUGGAGAUUUGGGAGAGUUCACGACAGUGGUGCUUCUCAUGUUAUUCAAGCUCCAAGAUGCCUUUAUCUGGUUUCACCGAUCUCUCUCCAGAGGAGCUCAGACUGGAGUAUUAUUCCACAAGAGCCUCAGGAGAUCUGCAGGGUUAUAUUAAUGGUGUCAAUCAGUUACUCAACCAAUGGAGAAGCAGAGUGAGGGAACUGAGGGUUAUGAAUCCACCCACCCGUGCAGCUGUGCUCGCAGAGUUAAACAACCCAGCACCUCAGGCAUCUUCAAGUGGCUUUGGCUCAGUGACAGCAACUGGAUUUGGAUCCUCAACAACUGACUUUGGAAACAAAGGCUUUGGAGCUCCGGCACCAGGGCAGGCCAGCAGUUUCAGCUUCGCUGCUGCAACUGGUGGAUUUGGUUCCUCAGCUGCACCGUCAUCAUCAGCCGGUUUUGGUAGUGCUCCUACACAGCCUCCCUCUGGAUUUGGUUCCUCCUCUGCUCCUUCAGCUUCAACUUUCUCCUUCGCCGCUCCGACCACCAACAAACCAGCAGCCACUUCAGGGUUUGGCUCUGCCUCUGGAUUCAGCUUCAGCUCUACAGCAAACACCGGAGGAGGAUUUGGGAGUGGCUUUGGGGCUGAAGCACCUGCUGCAGCAGGAAGCAGCAGCAUUUUUGCUGGACAGAUGAGCGGAGGGUUUGGGACAGCUGCUGCUCCACCUGCUGCAGGAGCCGGGUCUGCCGGUGGGGCGUCGGACAGUCUGUUUUCACCUGAGAGCAAACUAACUCCAGAGGAACUGAAUCAGUUUAAGGCUAAGAGGUUCACUCUCGGUCAGAUUCCUUUAAAGCCUCCUCCAGCUGACAUGCUGGUAGUGUGAUAUGUGGGGAAAGUUUACAGAAGUUUUGAAAUAAAGAGGAAUAAUUUAUAUAAAACAUUUUUUUCUGCAUAGAGCUUUUGUUAAAUCCAAACUCAUUAAUUUUUGUUUUUAAUACAUGGCCGAUGUUUAAUACUUUGAUCACUUCAGCUGAGGAAAGUUGCUCUGGUACUGUUUAAGCUUUUUGUCUAUGUGCAAAUUACAGACUAUGUACAGCUGCACAAUAUGUAGUAUAUAUUUUUAAAUAAUGUCUUUUAUCAUAAAUAAAUUACUAUUUUGGGGUGAUUGAAUGUCUUAGAAUAUACAGUUUGAAUGCGGUGAAACAAUUUUAGCUUUUGCCAUCUGUUGAGAUAAGUUUGUUUCCACGAGUACACGCAUGUAUACACAUGUAUACUGGACUGACACAUGGUUAUGACAACAAAACAUUAAAAAUAUGCCUGUUACG